CAUGUUUUCAACACAACUGGCAAUUUAGUUGUUGUAAUUUUACUAUUUUAGUUAUUAACACGAAACUUUUCAGUAACAAUGCAUAACAAAUUUUGGCUUGGUGUUGUACUAGUGAUUCAUUUGUGUGACGCGGUGUGCAGGAGUAAUACAAGUUUGGAGCAAAUGCUGCGAUUCAACGAAAACAACGUCCGAUACUGCAUUGCAAAUUGCCUUAGGUUGAUACCUGAUAUCAAAUCAAAAGCGUCAAAAUCCUGCCAAUACGAUUCAUAUUCCGGAAGAGUGCAAGGGUGUGACGGCACUUUCAUUGUGCCGAGAAAAAGUAAAUUUAAGUUAAUCUGCGCCAUGGAGUUGGACUACGACCUUACUAUGAUCAUUGAUACUCCUCAAACUUCACUUUGUGACGUAAUUACCCUCACUUUUGCUAUGUUCAACCCAACCACUAAGGAAUUGGAAGCGAUGCCAGAUAAAAUCGCUGGCGCAACAUCCACAAUCAAUUGGGCUAAACAACUUGGCGUUAAAAUAUUAAUUAAAGUGGGAAGCUAUGACGAAUUCAUAAUGCACCCAAAAGAAAUUGCAAAGUUGGCUUCGGACAGUAACGCACAAACGGCCAAGUUUAUCGCAAGCGUCCACGCUUUUGUCAAAAAGUUUGAUCUGGACGGUGUUUACUUUUCCUGGAUAUGGCCAGGGUGCACUCAGAAUAAAUGCUUAAAUGAUAUUCAAAGGAAAAAAGUCUCACAGUUUAUUCAAGACUUGGCCCAGCCUUUAAAAGAUAAAGGCCAAUUAUUUGUAUAUCUAUUUCACGGAGCUAGUGCAAAAAAUGGUUUAACGCUUGGUGACUAUUUCUCGGACGUAGUGGACGUGGUUGAUUAUUUCGCAUUUGAAGGCGACGUUCAAAGCGGCGAUUGGGCGGGAACUGCCGAAUUGAGCUUCAAUUUGAAGAAAGCCAAAGAAAUUCUCAACGAGUACUUUUCAAAGGUCAGAAGUCCACGUUUCAAAAGUAAAAUCGUGUUCACUAUGCGUUCAUGGUUCAACAAUUACGAGCUUGUUGGCGCCUCUGCCAAAAUCGGAGGCGCUGUUGUAAGAAACACGCAGAUCAAAACGAUAUUGGAAAUGCGAGACUGGUGCAAAAUGGUUGCUAACAACUCUUACAAUGUGGUCAGAAAUACAGAAACGCAAAAUUACGCUGUCAAAGGCAACACCCUUUUUGCUUUUGAUGACGUUGAAUCAAUAAAGGCUAAGAUCAAUUAUCUGAUGAGUUUUGGAUCAGGAGUGUUGAUUACCAACAUGCAUGUUGAUGAUCAAGCAGGGGAGUGCGGCUGCGGCAAAAUGCCAUUUUUAAAACUUUUAGCGAAUAUAUUGAAAAUGAAUUGCGAUCCAUCCCCUUGUUUUUGAAAGAUUUAUUUCAAUAAAAAAAAAAUUGAACCGAAAGACAAGAUGAAAUUUAAUAAAUCAGAUAGGAGC